CCCCGCGCAAGCCACUUGUCCUUCAGUUGCCUCCUAGCCUAGAAAUACUAUAUUCCGCUCUGAUUUUCUCUCUACCGCUGUUCGAUAGAAAGGCAAGCAGAAGAGCGAUUCUUCUCUGUAGCUUUCAUGGCGAAAGACACGGAACUAGGCCAGGCUUCCCGCCAUCCACCGCCAAUCCUGCCGCCGUCGAGGAGCCGGCGAUCGACCGACCCAUUUAUUGUGAUUUGUCGGUGUUUUAGCGUCGUCACCGCCAUUAAUGCCCUCCUCUGCGUCUGUGCGAACCUACUUUCUGCCAUCCGCUCUUUUAGAAACGGCUCCGACAUAUUUGGCGGCAUCUUUCGGUGCUACGCUAUCGCACUGGCGAUCUUCGUAGCCUUGGUGGAGACAGAAUGGGAUUUCAUACUCAAGUUUUGGAGGGUAUUGGACUACUGGGUAGGCCGCGGGAUGCUGCAAAUCUUUGUUGCUGUGAUGACUCGAGCCUUUCCUGAUGUCAUUUGGGUGCGAAGGGAUUUGGUUCUGCUUCAGGAGAUUGCUAGCUAUCUACUUCUUGCAUGUGGAGUGAUAUAUGUCAUAUCAGGUUUGCUCUGCAUUGGUUUCUUCAAAAGGGCUCGUCUACAAAGGGAAACAUCAAGAGAGAAUGCAGCAAAAGAUUUGGAGGAAUUAGAAAGAAGAAAGCGUGAACUGGAGGCAUUAUUGAUAGAGGAGAGGGAUUAAUAUCAUACAAAGGAUUUUUGGAAGCCAGAGACCGUAGUCACCGGCUCCUCUGUCGCAUCAAGUUUCUCUUCUUUAAUUAGGAUGUGUGAUUGCUUUGAGAGAUGCCGACACCAUGAGCAUUGUCUGUGAUGUUUUGUGAGCUGCUUGAUUCAUAGAAUGUUGUUUCUUGCUAUUUGUACAACCUUUUUUUUUUAAACCCUUCUGCGAGUUUCCUUCUUUUUU